CGCGCGUUCUUUUCGGCCUGCGGUUGUGGUCGCCGGGUCUCGCUGGUUGUGCAGGCGGGGAUGUCCGGCCGCGGUAAGCAAGGGGGCAAGGCGCGCGCCAAGGCCAAGUCGCGCUCGUCGCGCGCUGGGCUGCAGUUCCCCGUGGGCCGCGUGCACCGGCUGCUGCGCAAGGGCAACUACUCGGAGCGCGUGGGCGCCGGCGCGCCCGUGUACCUGGCGGCCGUGCUCGAGUACCUGACGGCCGAGAUCCUGGAGCUGGCGGGCAACGCGGCGCGCGACAACAAGAAGACGCGCAUCAUCCCGCGCCACCUGCAGCUGGCCAUCCGCAACGACGAGGAGCUCAACAAGCUGCUGGGCCGCGUGACCAUCGCGCAGGGCGGCGUGCUGCCCAACAUCCAGGCCGUGCUGCUGCCCAAGAAGACCGAGAGCCACCACAAGGCCAAGGGCAAGUGAGGCCGCCGCCCCCGGGCCCUGCGACGGACACCAAAGGCUCUUUUCAGAGCCACCCACUGUCUCGGGAAAAGAGCGGCGCUGAGCGCGGGGCGUGGGCGCCCUGCCGUUAAGGUCCACGCCUGCUGGGGGCCAGCAUCCGGGGAGUGCUUCGACGUUCAGACCUGAAAUCCGGCCUGACUGCU